CCAGUCACAGCCUGUGCCUUCCCCGUGUCUGGAGAGGAGCUGUGGUGUUGGAGCUCUCUGCGCGCCAUGGACUCUCAGCGUGUCCCGGCUCCACAGCACCUCACCGCCUGACCAGCCGCCGGACACGCGCGACUCGCUCUACCUGAGGGACAUUUGUGUUGAUGUCCUUCUGCUCUCGCGAGCUCCUGAUCGCAGGACGGACUUCUCAGCGUAGUUUGGCGUUCUCCGUUAUGGCCAGCCGCCGGCAGCCCACUCGUCUGAAGGCUCAGUAGCGUCCAGUCGGGAGAGCGCGCAGUGGCCAGACGUUUGGAGGAAGAUGCUCGCGUGCUCUGCGGCUUCUCGCAGCGUGUAACCGCUCUCUGAACCCAGACCGACCCUCAGACGCCUCGGCGCCGCAUUAACUCCUCUUCUGGACCAGAUCAGUCGAGCGUGCUCGGUCAAUUAUGUUCACUUUCGCUGCCUUCUGCUACAUGCUGUCCCUCGUGCUCUGCGCGUCCCUGAUCUUCUUCGCUAUCUGGCAUAUAACAGCCUUUGAUGAGCUCCAAGCGGAUUUCAAAGUCCCGAUUGAUCAAGGCAAUCCACUGCAUGCGCGUGAAAGACUUCGGAACAUUGAGCGGAUAUGCUGCCUUCUCCGAAAGCUGGUGCUUCCAGAGUAUUCCAUCCAUGGUCUCUUCUGUAUCAUGUUCCUAUGUGCCCAAGAGUGGCUAACCGUGGGCUUGAACAUUCCCCUCCUUUUCUACAAUACAUGGAGCAGGUACUUCCACAGCCCAACGGACACUAAGGAGCUUCUCUACGACCCUGCGUCCGUCAUGAAUGGGGACACGCUCAAGUUCUGUCAGAAAGAGGCCUGGUGCAAGAUGUCCUUCUUCGUGCUCUCCUUCUUCUAUUAUCUCUACUGUAUGAUCUACUCUUUGGUGACCUCCUAACAGAGUCGUUGGCACUGAAGGAAAGUUGUGGAUAUCAGAGACUGUUACCUGGAAUUCUAAGCGCUAAACCAAUUUCUGGAGAACUUCUAAACACAAGAUUGAUUCCUCUUUUUUUGUCACUUGGAGAAAGAUGACUGUCUGGACUUGGCCUCUGAAGAGCCUGUGUUGUUUACCAGUUCCGAUGCCUGAAUGCCACACAGAUUUUGGAGACCAAACAUUGUGGGCGGUUGGUCGUGGGGGCACUUGGCGCAAUACAACUAGCACACUCAUGUUCACAAGUUCACAUGGUCGUAUUUGCACAGUUUGUCUCAGGCAUAGCACAUGUCCUUCAGGACAUCGAGGCCCAACACCUACUCACCUUUACACUUCCACCAAAUGUAGCUCCAAACUUUGGUGUUGGGUUGAGGGCAGUUUAAGGGAAAUAUGGCCAACCUUAUCAGCGAAUGUUGCAUUUUUACUAGACGCUCACUAGACCAGUGGGUCCAUACAAUCAGAACUUCUACGUGAAUGGCUUUUGUGACAUGUGUAUUUGUGCAUCCUGCAAUAGGCGAUUUUUUAAAUGUUGCAUUCUUCGUGUACAUAGCAAGAUUUGUGUAAUGCUCUGAUGUUUUUUCGGUGUCGUCAGUCGUUGAGACAUUUUUAGAUAUAAAAAGGUUGACAAUGCUUACAACGAGGCUUUUCCUAGGAAACUAGAGCCGAUUUUCAAAAUACCACCUUUGCACAAUAGUUGUUAUGGGUUUGCACAAUUUAUUACGGUAGUUGGUGUUGAAAUGAUCUAUAUUUAUAUACCCAAAAUACCAGUCAAGUCUUCCAAUAUACAAUAUUCUAAUGUGUCGAGAUACCAUGGUGAACAAAAAGUACAGUAUUGCGUAUUUGUUGUAACAUCAUUACGAGUGACUAUGAAACUUGCACCAAAACAACUUCAUUACAAUGUAAUAAGAGCGUUACUAAAGGGUAAGCUUCUUUUCCAUUUGUUUUGACUUUGCAUAACAACAGCAAUACAACUAAACGAAUCUUUCACUUCAGUGAAUCGCAUCAGGAGGUAGUCACGAAAAAAAAAAAUUAUAAAACUAAGUCUAACGAGUUCCAGCAAAUGCUGCCAACACUCUUCUCUAAAAAUAGCCUUGCUAUCUAUCUAUUUAUUAAUUUCUCAUUUUUCACAUCACACUACAUCCAACUUUUUAACUGUUUAAGUUUUUGCCCUCCACCCCCCUUUUUGCACCCUCCUUAGUCCAAGUACUGGCUAAGCCUUUGAACAUGGGGCCAUGCUGUUUGAUUGUUAUUGUCACAUUACAGAUAAAGUGUAACCACAUGACGCACAAAUGCUUCAGUAUACCUGCGUAAUGAUGUUUCAUUAAGCCAUGGUGUUUAAUGGAAAUGGGGUCUGUUCUGAUGUUGGUUUAGUCUUGGGGAAUGAAAACAAUAAUGCCUUUAGGAAUAGGCCAUGAAAUGCAGCCGUCAUGUAGCCCGCUGCCUUGUGUAGUUACACUUAAUGUACGAUGACCAAACAUUUUAUAUCCCUGUGUACGUGUCCAUCCAAUAUCGGUUGAGAUAUUUGUAUAUUAAGCAAAAU